AUGCCCGAGGUCAUUCGAGGCAGUCGUGCCAGUGUCCAAAUCGACCGCAAUGGCAACGUUAUACCCGCAAGCCCCGUACGAGAAACCCGAACUGUCCACUUCGGCCCCGAAGGCGCCUUCGCCGGCGAAACCGCGCGUACUCAAUCUCUGCAUGGAAUUGACAGGACCGACACAGGACUGAGCGCCUCGUCGGGUCGAAAAAAGAGUUCAGAUAGGAGGAAGGAAUCUCACAAACACAGUGUAGACGAGCCCGACAGAGCUGCAUAUUAUGACAGUCGUGCUGCAACCAAAAAAGAGUUUAGAAGACGAGCCAGCACGCUACAAGAAUACUAUGACCAGCACACAGACCUCCUCCCUCAGUUACCUUUCACAUGGAGAUACGGUUGGCGGAGAUGGAAACUGUUCUUCACCAUCUUUAUAAUGGUGGUGGACGCGUGUGUGGUCCCGAUUGUUUUAUAUUAUAGCCUGACUUUCGCAGGCCAUGUACAAGGAUGGAUAGUCUUCGCAGUUGUGGCCACCAUCUGGGGUGGACCAACAUACGUCGAGUUUGCCGUCCGUUGCUGGCGGCUGAUCAAGCAAGAGAACUUCUUCCGACCGCUGGGCACCUCGAGUCGAUGGGCAUUCGAUAUCACCCAUUGGAUACUUGUCUUCACCAUCGGAGCUGUCACCACUUUCUUGAUUGUUGGUAGCGCCCCACACAUUGUCUGGCUCCGCGUACUCUCUCUGCCCGCACCAGCGUUACUCUAUGGCUUGGGCGGUAGCAUCUUUAUCCUCACUAUGUGGAGUCUGUCAGGACGAAAAGCGCCCUUCCGGAUCAGCUCGACACCGAAGGGAGGCGAGGUCUACCCCGGGGUGUACUACCUCAUCGAAGACAUUGUCGCGGUCAAUGCAAAUGCCGGCAGGCCGUAUCGCGAAGCCCUUGCCGCCAGAUACAAGGCGAGUCCACGGUUCCGGAGGAUGAUCAAGCAACAGUCUUUAUUCUGGUCUAUCCCCUCACUCGUUAUUGCGAUAGCGUGCACGGUGGUGGUUGUCAUCCACCCCGUGCCCAAGACAGUGGCAUACGCCAUCGGAUGGGGCGUCCCGUUCCUAUGGGCAACCAUUUGGUCCGCCAUCACCAUCCCCUGGGUUCGACGAGCCAUGCACAAGGAGAGGGUGACGUGGGAGGAAGACUACGGCGUCGAGCCAUCGAAGAUGAAGGCGCUCAAGAAGCUCGAACCCAUCGACUCGGAGCGCGAGACGCCACCCAAAGAUCCCGAACCCGAACCUUGA